AUGGCAGCCGGCGGGAGGGGCAGCUCUUGUCUUCGGUCAGUUCUGUUGGGUCUCACCGCAUACUUCCUGGGGGCACUGACAGUCGUUUGCUACGAUGCCCUUCUGGCUAUGCCCAAAGAAGGGCACGGCAGCCAGUCCAGGAACAGUUCUAUCGAGGUCAAAUCGGAGACCAAAGCCACCGGAGGCGCAGAACUGGGAGCCAAACCUGCUCUCAACUUUACAGUGGUGACCAAAGACGUCACAUCGCCAACCGUGGCAGCCAAAGACGGAGAGGCAAAACCACCCUCACCUCAGCUGCUACAGUCUGCGCAGCAUGUGCGACACCAUGGACCGCAUGGCCUGAAGUUCAUCCACAUAAGCAAGACAGGUGGCACGUCCAUCGAGCAGCUGGGCAUCAAUCUGCCAGAGCAGUUACGAUGGGGUGCAUGGGACCGACAAGAGUAUGGCUACCAACAUGGUGCGUUCAGGUAUUUUCCUGCAGAGAAGAGGCAAAAGUACGACUGGUUUCUGGUGAGCCGAAACCCAGUCGACCGCUUUGUCUCUGAGUAUCACUGCGGUUUUGAAGGCGUUAACUACAUGCAAUCCAGAUUCCACACGGAGAAGGACUUCAACCAGUGGAUACAGGGCAGGCUGCGUCAGGGAGGAACGCCUGGUGGCCACUUCAUCAUGAUGACGGAUUACCUUGACGCAGAUCCCAAUGUUACCCAGCAUAUUGUCCGCUACGAGAAUCUAGAUGCUGACCUGCGCUUUGUGCUUGGCCUGUACAACAUCACCUACAGACGUCUGCGGCAUGACAAUGGUGGCGGGAAGAGGAUGUUCACCCGGCGCAACAUCACCAAUGAUACGCUGGCAUACAUUCGCGCAUACUACGCAGCAGACUUUGCCAACUUUGGCUACCCACUGCCUUGA